ACAGUGCAAAGUUUUAACAGUUGCUGUGAGAAGACGUUAUCUGUAAUGGGUAGACCAAUUGUCUUAUCGAUUGUGUUCGUACUGCUGGCAUACGCAGAAGCUGGCGACUUCGAAGAGAUCAUCAGCCAAUACACUAAGUCUAGCAGCUGCAACACACUUAGAUAUUCCGAUAUACUGACAACAGGAGCAAGAAUAUUGGACCAGAUAAACGAACGGCUGGAGACAUUAGAUCUGAUAGAUGAACGUUUGGAAACUGUCGAAGACAAGCUGGACAAUUUAUCUACUGGUGGUGGUGGUGGUGAAGUACACGUACCUAAACAUAUAAUAACUAGUAUUACAGACUGCCGAGGUGGGUCGAUUCGAGCGUAUUCCUCUCCCACGGGAAAGGACUGUUUUGAUAUUCAACAAAAGGGUGGAGUAUCCAGUGGUAUAUACACUAUCCAGCGAGAUGGGGACCCACAUGGUGACUACCCUGUAUACUGUGAUAUGGACACUGAUGGUGGUGGAUGGACAGUAUUCCAUGAAAGAUAUGAUGGCAGUGUAGAUUUCUAUCAGGGGUGGAAUGAGUAUAAGCACGGCUUUGGCAGCGUGAGAGGAGAAUAUUGGCUCGGAAACCACAAGAUUCACGCCAUGACUAACCAGGGUGGAAGUUAUAAACUGCGAGUUGAUCUGGAAGACUUUGAUGGAAAUACUGCAUAUGCUGCCUAUGACAAUUUCGCACUUUCCGAUGAAGCCAGUGGUUAUACUCUGAGUGUUGGACAGUUUAGCGGAACAGCGGGAGAUUCGUUGACCUAUCACAGUGGUUUAAGGUUUAUCACACACGACUUAAGUGAUGUUGAUACAUCCUGUGCCGUGACCUACCACGGUGCCUGGUGGUACAGAACAUGUCAUUAUUCAAACUUGAAUGGUAAAUACCUAGGAGGGGAGACAGCAGAGUAUGCUACUGGAGACGUGUGGUACCAUUGGAAGGGUUAUUAUUAUUCCGCAAAAUGCUCUGAAAUGAAAGUGAAACCAAUGUAGACUCGUUUGCUAAAUUAUAUUUUCUGUGUAGACUAUGUCAUUUGAUGGACGUUGUUUAGUAUACUAGUUAGGCUCGAUCAAUGCAGUUUCCAUUUUUCAUUUUGUGCAAUAAUUUGCCAUUUUCUGUUAAGCAUCAGUGAAUAUAUAUAUAAAUAAAAUACGUAUAAAAUGC